AUUUUUUACUUCCGUAAACAUGCAGAAUGACAACAAACGAAGAUAACAGUAUCCAGGAAGCAAUUUCUACACCUCAAACAACAGAACUGUAUAUUAAGAUUGCAGAUACACAAUGGCCGAUAAUAUAUACAUCUGAAUACAACAUUGGAUUUCUUGGCCUAGAAAAACUUCAUCCAUUUGAUGCUGGGAAAUGGGGAAAGGUGUAUGAAUUCUUAAAAGAGGCUAAAUUGAUUCAAGAGAAGACCAUAGUAAAACCAAAAGAAGCUACACAAACAGAUUUAUUGGUUGUUCAUACUCAACAAUACCUCAAAGAUCUCAAAUGGAGUUUAAAUGUGGCCCAGAUAACAGAGGUGCCACCUGUGGCUUUGUUACCUAAUUUCAUUGUACAACGAAAAGUAUUAAGACCUUUCAGAUAUCACACAGGAGGUACUAUAUUGGCUGGCAAAUUAGCUAUGGAAAGAGGAUGGGCCAUCAAUAUAGGUGGAGGAUUUCAUCAUUGCCAUGCUGAGAAAGGAGGAGGGUUUUGUGCAUAUGCAGACAUAACAUUAUCAUUAAAGUUCUUAUUUGAACGUGUUGAGGGUGUAGCUAAAGCUAUGAUUAUUGACUUAGAUGCACAUCAGGGAAAUGGUCAUGAACGUGAUUUUAUGGAUGAUGAAAAAGUAUACAUAAUGGAUGUUUACAACAGAGGAAUAUAUCCACAGGAUGGAUUUGCCAAAAGAGCUAUUAAAAGAAAAGUAGAGCUUCAACAUUAUACAGAAGACCGUGACUAUUUAGAACUUGUUGAAAGACAUUUAGAAAGAGCUUUAAAUGAGUUUACACCAGAUGUUGUUGUUUAUAAUGCUGGUACUGACAUACUUGAAGGUGAUCCACUUGGUAAUUUAUCGAUAACUGCUCAGGGAAUAAUAGACAGAGAUCAUUUAGUUUUCAGUAAGGUCAGAUCAAGAUGUAUUCCUAUUUUGAUGGUAACCAGUGGAGGUUACCAGAAGACUACAGCUAGAAUAAUUGCUGACUCCAUCCUUAAUUUACAUCGGGAAAAGUUGAUCAAAUGUGAUGGUGCUGAAGCAUUUCAGAAAACCAACUCAAAACGCUGAAGAUAUUCUCUGUGCACAUUUAGGAAAUUUAAUUUAUAAUCAGAUAAAAUUUCCAGUUUACCCAGGAGUCGAAGCGAAGGAUUACUGUCACGUUUACGUAGAACAAUAAUUAGGUCACAGUCCUCACAGGAAGUACAUGAUGUGCACUCAUCUGAAUCAUCUUCUUUAACAUCAGGUCCUGAUGAUCUAGGAGAUUCCAGUUCAUCACUUGACAACAGUGAUUCUUCAUCAUCAAGUGGUAAUGAUAGUGAUAUUGACAGUGAACCUGUACCUGAAUAUACUAGUGUCCAUAAAUGUGAACCUGCACAUGAAAACACUACAGUUAAUAAAUGAAAACAAAUAGUAUUAAUGAUGAUUUUAACACUGAUUUUCAUUGUGAACUUUUACAUAAUUUUAUAUCUAAUGACUAGGAACUCCUUUGACCUUUGGUGAUCUCAUUAUAUCUUUCAGUUUUUCUAUCUUCAUGUCAACCACUUUGAAUCAACAUUUCAGUCUUCGUUUGAUUCAGAUUUUUAACCAAGGGGAUUUAGUGGUAGGCCUGACUAGAAAGUUGAUUCAGUAUCGUCAUAUUCAUAUGAACUUUAGCUGUUCUCCUCUGUGAUAAGGUUUGAAAUUUACUCUUAUCAAUUGUAAAACUAAAAGGUGUACACAAUUUACCAAUAUAUGUAACAGUUUUUUUUUUAACUUGCUAAAGUUCAGUGGUAUACCCUGGACAUUCAGAUUUUCUCUUCUAUAACAACUGACUGUUGUGGAAUUGUAUGAAUAUGUAGGAAAAAAGUAGAACAAAAAUACAAAACUCCAAGUGACAUCAACAAUUUCAACAAAUUUCUGAACCCGACAUGAAAGAUUCAGACAAUAUGAUAAGUAAUUCUGAGACUCAAAAUAAUUAACCUUUGAUGAACAAAGUUUUGAGAAAAUUUGCAUAAUUUUGUUUCAAAAUUUCUUUACCAUUUAAAAAGUUAUUAUACAGUUUUGUACAGUUUAUGGAACAAAUUUGCUAUAGUGUAGAAUUUAUUAGAAAACAUGAAAAUAAAAAUGAUUAGAAUUUAAAGAUUGGAGUAAAAAAUUAAGAGCAAGAAAACUGUCCAUUUUGAAAGUAGUGAUCUGGGUUUUAUUAUUCACUAUGAUGUUUUUGAACAUAGUUUAAAUGAUGCUGCUGAGUUUGAUUACAUAAAACUGCAUAUUCAUCUCAUAACAGUUUCUGUGAUUUAUCAGUAUUAUAUAUGAAUGUAAAUGAAUAAAAAUAAGACUAAUCAAAAGUUGUAAAUCCCUGCCACCAUUGUGAUAUGAUUACAUAAGAUCCUUUAAAAUUGUAAAUUUCAUCUAUUACAACAAUUUUGAAUACUUUGUUGAUUAUUAUAUUUACCUUUCAACCCUUUUAUCUUAUCCCUAUGGUGUUGUCUUUGGAUUUUCUCUUUGUCUUCUGUUCUUUUUACAUCAUAGAUCAGAUUAUUGGUCAUCAUGAUAUUUGCUAAAUUUAAUAUGGCGUUCAUUCAUGCAUUGAAAUCCACCCUGUACUUAAAGUUUUUUUAAUAAUUCAGUAUUUGCAGAAUUUCCAAUCAAAAUAAUUUUACCUGAAUUACACAUUUAAUCAGGGGAAAGGCACAUGAUGAAAAUCAGUGAUAGUGUGUAUCAAUGUUUGUAUAGUUGUAUUGUUUUGUUUUUUUAUUAGUUCCACCUUACAUGUAUGUACAUUGUAAUGUAAACUAUUUAUAACUUUUAUUUUAUGUACACACUUAUACACUAUUUAUUGGUCUUAAAAAAAUGUAGUUAAUCAUUGUUUAAUGGGCAUUGAGACACCAUGAUUGAAGGGUUUCAAGCGACAUAUUGUAAUUUUAAAGGGCUUCGAGACACCAUAAAAAUGUAUUUAGGGUUUCGAGCACAAAAUAAAGCUAAACUUUUUUAUGGUGUCUCGAAGCCCUUUAAAAUUACAAUUAAUUAAUUUGAGACGAUAUAUUUGAUAUAUUACUGUUAAACCUGGAAUAAGCACAAGUGUUUGGGGGGGGGGG